AUGGAGGCGGAAUAUGGUGAAGUUGGUGAAGGCGUAUUUGAAGGGGAGACGGAAGCCGAGUCGGCAGUCGAAGUGUUCGGUGAGAGAUUGGGGCAAGUUGAAGCGGACUCAGAAUGUGAAGCGGUAGAACAGGUUGAAUCGGAACGUGUGUCUGUGUUCGCUCCAGUCGAAUUGGAGUCUGAGGCGCUUGCUGAGACUGCAGCACACCCGGAACGGAAACGAUUGGUUGAGCGUGUCGUCGAAUUGGAGUCUGAGGCGCAUGCAGAGACUGCAGCACAAUCGGAACGGGAACGAUUGUUUGAGCGUGUCGGUGAGAUGGAGGCGGAAUAUGGUGAAUUUGGUGAAGGCGUAAUUAAUUGGGAGACGGAAGCCGAGUCGGCAGUCGAAGUGUUCGGUGAGAGAUUGGGGCAAGUUGAAGCGGACGCAGAAAGUGAAGCGGUAGAACAGGUUGAAUCGGAACGUGUGUCUGUGUUCGCUCCAGUCGAAUUGGAGUCUGAGGCGCUUGCAGAGACUGCAGCACAACCGGAACGGGAACGAUUGGUUGAGCGUGUCGGUGAGAUGGAGGCGGAAUAUGGUGAAGUUGGUGAAGGCGUAUUUGAAGGGGAGACGGAAGCCGAGUCGGCAGUCGAAGUGUUCGGUGAGAGAUUGGGGCAAGUUGAAGCGGACGCAGAAAGUGAAGCGGUAGAACAGGUUGAAUCGGAACGUGUGUCUGUGUUCGCUCCAGUCGAAUUGGAGUCUGAGGCGCUUGCAGAGACUGCAGCACAACCGGAACGGGAACGAUUGGUUGAGCGUGUCGGUGAGAUGGAGGCGGAAUAUGGUGAAGUUGGUGAAGGCGUAUUUGAAGGGGAGACGGAAGCCGAGUCGGCAGUCGAAGUGUUCGGUGAGAGAUUGGGGCAAGUUGAAGCGGACGCAGAAAGUGAAGCGGUAGAACAGGUUGAAUCGGAACGUGUGUCUGUGUUCGCUCCAGUCGAAUUGGAGUCUGAGGCGCUUGCAGAGACUGCAGCACAACCGGAACGGGAACGAUUGGUUGAGCGUGUCGGUGAGAUGGAGGCGGAAUAUGGUGAAGUUGGUGAAGGCGUAUUUGAAGGGGAGACGGAAGCCGAGUCGGCAGUCGAAGUGUUCGGUGAGAGAUUGGGGCAAGUUGAAGCGGACGCAGAAAGUGAAGCGGUAGAACAGGUUGAAUCGGAACGUGUGUCUGUGUUCGCUCCAGUCGAAUUGGAGUCUGAGGCGCUUGCAGAGACUGCAGCACAACCGGAACGGGAACGAUUGGUUGAGCGUGUCGGUGAGAUGGAGGCGGAAUAUGGUGAAGUUGGUGAAGGCGUAUUUGAAGGGGAGACGGAAGCCGAGUCGGCAGUCGAAGUGUUCGGUGAGAGAUUGGGGCAAGUUGAAGCGGACGCAGAAAGUGAAGCGGUAGAACAGGUUGAAUCGGAACGUGUGUCUGUGUUCGCUCCAGUCGAAUUGGAGUCUGAGGCGCUUGCAGAGACUGCAGCACAACCGGAACGGGAACGAUUGGUUGAGCGUGUCGGUGAGAUGGAGGCGGAAUAUGGUGAAGUUGGUGAAGGCGUAUUUGAAGGGGAGACGGAAGCCGAGUCGGCAGUCGAAGUGUUCGGUGAGAGAUUGGGGCAAGUUGAAGCGGACGCAGAAAGUGAAGCGGUAGAACAGGUUGAAUCGGAACGUGUGUCUGUGUUCGCUCCAGUCGAAUUGGAGUCUGAGGCGCUUGCAGAGACUGCAGCACAACCGGAACGGGAACGAUUGGUUGAGCGUGUCGGUGAGAUGGAGGCGGAAUAUGGUGAAGUUGGUGAAGGCGUAUUUGAAGGGGAGACGGAAGCCGAGUCGGCAGUCGAAGUGUUCGGUGAGAGAUUGGGGCAAGUUGAAGCGGACGCAGAAAGUGAAGCGGUAGAACAGGUUGAAUCGGAACGUGUGUCUGUGUUCGCUCCAGUCGAAUUGGAGUCUGAGGCGCUUGCAGAGACUGCAGCACAACCGGAACGGGAACGAUUGGUUGAGCGUGUCGGUGAGAUGGAGGCGGAAUAUGGUGAAGUUGGUGAAGGCGUAUUUGAAGGGGAGACGGAAGCCGAGUCGGCAGUCGAAGUGUUCGGUGAGAGAUUGGGGCAAGUUGAAGCGGACGCAGAAAGUGAAGCGGUAGAACAGGUUGAAUCGGAACGUGUGUCUGUGUUCGCUCCAGUCGAAUUGGAGUCUGAGGCGCUUGCAGAGACUGCAGCACAACCGGAACGGGAACGAUUGGUUGAGCGUGUCGGUGAGAUGGAGGCGGAAUAUGGUGAAGUUGGUGAAGGCGUAUUUGAAGGGGAGACGGAAGCCGAGUCGGCAGUCGAAGUGUUCGGUGAGAGAUUGGGGCAAGUUGAAGCGGACGCAGAAAGUGAAGCGGUAGAACAGGUUGAAUCGGAACGUGUGUCUGUGUUCGCUCCAGUCGAAUUGGAGUCUGAGGCGCUUGCAGAGACUGCAGCACAACCGGAACGGGAACGAUUGGUUGAGCGUGUCGGUGAGAUGGAGGCGGAAUAUGGUGAAGUUGGUGAAGGCGUAUUUGAAGGGGAGACGGAAGCCGAGUCGGCAGUCGAAGUGUUCGGUGAGAGAUUGGGGCAAGUUGAAGCGGACGCAGAAAGUGAAGCGGUAGAACAGGUUGAAUCGGAACGUGUGUCUGUGUUCGCUCCAGUCGAAUUGGAGUCUGAGGCGCUUGCAGAGACUGCAGCACAACCGGAACGGGAACGAUUGGUUGAGCGUGUCGGUGAGAUGGAGGCGGAAUAUGGUGAAGUUGGUGAAGGCGUAUUUGAAGGGGAGACGGAAGCCGAGUCGGCAGUCGAAGUGUUCGGUGAGAGAUUGGGGCAAGUUGAAGCGGACGCAGAAAGUGAAGCGGUAGAACAGGUUGAAUCGGAACGUGUGUCUGUGUUCGCUCCAGUCGAAUUGGAGUCUGAGGCGCUUGCAGAGACUGCAGCACAACCGGAACGGGAACGAUUGGUUGAGCGUGUCGGUGAGAUGGAGGCGGAAUAUGGUGAAGUUGGUGAAGGCGUAUUUGAAGGGGAGACGGAAGCCGAGUCGGCAGUCGAAGUGUUCGGUGAGAGAUUGGGGCAAGUUGAAGCGGACGCAGAAAGUGAAGCGGUAGAACAGGUUGAAUCGGAACGUGUGUCUGUGUUCGCUCCAGUCGAAUUGGAGUCUGAGGCGCUUGCAGAGACUGCAGCACAACCGGAACGGGAACGAUUGGUUGAGCGUGUCGGUGAGAUGGAGGCGGAAUAUGGUGAAGUUGGUGAAGGCGUAUUUGAAGGGGAGACGGAAGCCGAGUCGGCAGUCGAAGUGUUCGGUGAGAGAUUGGGGCAAGUUGAAGCGGACGCAGAAAGUGAAGCGGUAGAACAGGUUGAAUCGGAACGUGUGUCUGUGUUCGCUCCAGUCGAAUUGGAGUCUGAGGCGCUUGCAGAGACUGCAGCACAACCGGAACGGGAACGAUUGGUUGAGCGUGUCGGUGAGAUGGAGGCGGAAUAUGGUGAAGUUGGUGAAGGCGUAUUUGAAGGGGAGACGGAAGCCGAGUCGGCAGUCGAAGUGUUCGGUGAGAGAUUGGGGCAAGUUGAAGCGGACGCAGAAAGUGAAGCGGUAGAACAGGUUGAAUCGGAACGUGUGUCUGUGUUCGCUCCAGUCGAAUUGGAGUCUGAGGCGCUUGCAGAGACUGCAGCACAACCGGAACGGGAACGAUUGGUUGAGCGUGUCGGUGAGAUGGAGGCGGAAUAUGGUGAAGUUGGUGAAGGCGUAUUUGAAGGGGAGACGGAAGCCGAGUCGGCAGUCGAAGUGUUCGGUGAGAGAUUGGGGCAAGUUGAAGCGGACGCAGAAAGUGAAGCGGUAGAACAGGUUGAAUCGGAACGUGUGUCUGUGUUCGCUCCAGUCGAAUUGGAGUCUGAGGCGCUUGCAGAGACUGCAGCACAACCGGAACGGGAACGAUUGGUUGAGCGUGUCGGUGAGAUGGAGGCGGAAUAUGGUGAAGUUGGUGAAGGCGUAUUUGAAGGGGAGACGGAAGCCGAGUCGGCAGUCGAAGUGUUCGGUGAGAGAUUGGGGCAAGUUGAAGCGGACGCAGAAAGUGAAGCGGUAGAACAGGUUGAAUCGGAACGUGUGUCUGUGUUCGCUCCAGUCGAAUUGGAGUCUGAGGCGCUUGCAGAGACUGCAGCACAACCGGAACGGGAACGAUUGGUUGAGCGUGUCGGUGAGAUGGAGGCGGAAUAUGGUGAAGUUGGUGAAGGCGUAUUUGAAGGGGAGACGGAAGCCGAGUCGGCAGUCGAAGUGUUCGGUGAGAGAUUGGGGCAAGUUGAAGCGGACGCAGAAAGUGAAGCGGUAGAACAGGUUGAAUCGGAACGUGUGUCUGUGUUCGCUCCAGUCGAAUUGGAGUCUGAGGCGCUUGCAGAGACUGCAGCACAACCGGAACGGGAACGAUUGGUUGAGCGUGUCGGUGAGAUGGAGGCGGAAUAUGGUGAAGUUGGUGAAGGCGUAUUUGAAGGGGAGACGGAAGCCGAGUCGGCAGUCGAAGUGUUCGGUGAGAGAUUGGGGCAAGUUGAAGCGGACGCAGAAAGUGAAGCGGUAGAACAGGUUGAAUCGGAACGUGUGUCUGUGUUCGCUCCAGUCGAAUUGGAGUCUGAGGCGCUUGCAGAGACUGCAGCACAACCGGAACGGGAACGAUUGGUUGAGCGUGUCGGUGAGAUGGAGGCGGAAUAUGGUGAAGUUGGUGAAGGCGUAUUUGAAGGGGAGACGGAAGCCGAGUCGGCAGUCGAAGUGUUCGGUGAGAGAUUGGGGCAAGUUGAAGCGGACGCAGAAAGUGAAGCGGUAGAACAGGUUGAAUCGGAACGUGUGUCUGUGUUCGCUCCAGUCGAAUUGGAGUCUGAGGCGCUUGCAGAGACUGCAGCACAACCGGAACGGGAACGAUUGGUUGAGCGUGUCGGUGAGAUGGAGGCGGAAUAUGGUGAAGUUGGUGAAGGCGUAUUUGAAGGGGAGACGGAAGCCGAGUCGGCAGUCGAAGUGUUCGGUGAGAGAUUGGGGCAAGUUGAAGCGGACGCAGAAAGUGAAGCGGUAGAACAGGUUGAAUCGGAACGUGUGUCUGUGUUCGCUCCAGUCGAAUUGGAGUCUGAGGCGCUUGCAGAGACUGCAGCACAACCGGAACGGGAACGAUUGGUUGAGCGUGUCGGUGAGAUGGAGGCGGAAUAUGGUGAAGUUGGUGAAGGCGUAUUUGAAGGGGAGACGGAAGCCGAGUCGGCAGUCGAAGUGUUCGGUGAGAGAUUGGGGCAAGUUGAAGCGGACGCAGAAAGUGAAGCGGUAGAACAGGUUGAAUCGGAACGUGUGUCUGUGUUCGCUCCAGUCGAAUUGGAGUCUGAGGCGCUUGCAGAGACUGCAGCACAACCGGAACGGGAACGAUUGGUUGAGCGUGUCGGUGAGAUGGAGGCGGAAUAUGGUGAAGUUGGUGAAGGCGUAUUUGAAGGGGAGACGGAAGCCGAGUCGGCAGUCGAAGUGUUCGGUGAGAGAUUGGGGCAAGUUGAAGCGGACGCAGAAAGUGAAGCGGUAGAACAGGUUGAAUCGGAACGUGUGUCUGUGUUCGCUCCAGUCGAAUUGGAGUCUGAGGCGCUUGCAGAGACUGCAGCACAACCGGAACGGGAACGAUUGGUUGAGCGUGUCGGUGAGAUGGAGGCGGAAUAUGGUGAAGUUGGUGAAGGCGUAUUUGAAGGGGAGACGGAAGCCGAGUCGGCAGUCGAAGUGUUCGGUGAGAGAUUGGGGCAAGUUGAAGCGGACGCAGAAAGUGAAGCGGUAGAACAGGUUGAAUCGGAACGUGUGUCUGUGUUCGCUCCAGUCGAAUUGGAGUCUGAGGCGCUUGCAGAGACUGCAGCACAACCGGAACGGGAACGAUUGGUUGAGCGUGUCGGUGAGAUGGAGGCGGAAUAUGGUGAAGUUGGUGAAGGCGUAUUUGAAGGGGAGACGGAAGCCGAGUCGGCAGUCGAAGUGUUCGGUGAGAGAUUGAGGCAAGUUGAAGCGGACGCAGAAAGUGAAGCGGUAGAACAGGUUGAAUCGGAACGUGUGUCUGUGUUCGCUCCAGUCGAAUUGGAGUCUGAGGCGCUUGCAGAGACUGCAGCACAACCGGAACGGGAACGAUUGGUUGAGCGUGUCGGUGAGAUGGAGGCGGAAUAUGGUGAAGUUGGUGAAGGCGUAUUUGAAGGGGAGACGGAAGCCGAGUCGGCAGUCGAAGUGUUCGGUGAGAGAUUGGGGCAAGUUGAAGCGGACGCAGAAAGUGAAGCGGUAGAACAGGUUGAAUCGGAACGUGUGUCUGUGUUCGCUCCAGUCGAAUUGGAGUCUGAGGCGCUUGCAGAGACUGCAGCACAACCGGAACGGGAACGAUUGGUUGAGCGUGUCGGUGAGAUGGAGGCGGAAUAUGGUGAAGUUGGUGAAGGCGUAUUUGAAGGGGAGACGGAAGCCGAGUCGGCAGUCGAAGUGUUCGGUGAGAGAUUGGGGCAAGUUGAAGCGGACGCAGAAAGUGAAGCGGUAGAACAGGUUGAAUCGGAACGUGUGUCUGUGUUCGCUCCAGUCGAAUUGGAGUCUGAGGCGCUUGCAGAGACUGCAGCACAACCGGAACGGGAACGAUUGGUUGAGCGUGUCGGUGAGAUGGAGGCGGAAUAUGGUGAAGUUGGUGAAGGCGUAUUUGAAGGGGAGACGGAAGCCGAGUCGGCAGUCGAAGUGUUCGGUGAGAGAUUGGGGCAAGUUGAAGCGGACGCAGAAAGUGAAGCGGUAGAACAGGUUGAAUCGGAACGUGUGUCUGUGUUCGCUCCAGUCGAAUUGGAGUCUGAGGCGCUUGCAGAGACUGCAGCACAACCGGAACGGGAACGAUUGGUUGAGCGUGUCGGUGAGAUGGAGGCGGAAUAUGGUGAAGUUGGUGAAGGCGUAUUUGAAGGGGAGACGGAAGCCGAGUCGGCAGUCGAAGUGUUCGGUGAGAGAUUGGGGCAAGUUGAAGCGGACGCAGAAAGUGAAGCGGUAGAACAGGUUGAAUCGGAACGUGUGUCUGUGUUCGCUCCAGUCGAAUUGCAGUCUGAGGCGCUUGCAGAGACUGCAGCACAACCGGAACGGGAACGAUUGGUUGAGCGUGUCGGUGAGAUGGAGGCGGAAUAUGGUGAAGUUGGUGAAGGCGUAUUUGAAGGGGAGACGGAAGCCGAGUCGGCAGUCGAAGUGUUCGGUGAGAGAUUGGGGCAAGUUGAAGCGGACGCAGAAAGUGAAGCGGUAGAACAGGUUGAAUCGGAACGUGUGUCUGUGUUCGCUCCAGUCGAAUUGGAGUCUGAGGCGCUUGCAGAGACUGCAGCACAACCGGAACGGGAACGAUUGGUUGAGCGUGUCGGUGAGAUGGAGGCGGAAUAUGGUGAAGUUGGUGAAGGCGUAUUUGAAGGGGAGACGGAAGCCGAGUCGGCAGUCGAAGUGUUCGGUGAGAGAUUGGGGCAAGUUGAAGCGGACGCAGAAAGUGAAGCGGUAGAACAGGUUGAAUCGGAACGUGUGUCUGUGUUCGCUCCAGUCGAAUUGGAGUCUGAGGCGCUUGCAGAGACUGCAGCACAACCGGAACGGGAACGAUUGGUUGAGCGUGUCGGUGAGAUGGAGGCGGAAUAUGGUGAAGUUGGUGAAGGCGUAUUUGAAGGGGAGACGGAAGCCGAGUCGGCAGUCGAAGUGUUCGGUGAGAGAUUGGGGCAAGUUGAAGCGGACGCAGAAAGUGAAGCGGUAGAACAGGUUGAAUCGGAACGUGUGUCUGUGUUCGCUCCAGUCGAAUUGGAGUCUGAGGCGCUUGCAGAGACUGCAGCACAACCGGAACGGGAACGAUUGGUUGAGCGUGUCGGUGAGAUGGAGGCGGAAUAUGGUGAAGUUGGUGAAGGCGUAUUUGAAGGGGAGACGGAAGCCGAGUCGGCAGUCGAAGUGUUCGGUGAGAGAUUGGGGCAAGUUGAAGCGGACGCAGAAAGUGAAGCGGUAGAACAGGUUGAAUCGGAACGUGUGUCUGUGUUCGCUCCAGUCGAAUUGGAGUCUGAGGCGCUUGCAGAGACUGCAGCACAACCGGAACGUGAACGUUUUAUUGAGGGCGUUGUUGGGGUUGAGCGGGAUGAUUUCGAUAGUUUUCCCUCUCUUGACGUUUUAUCCUGUUAUCCUUCGUCUUCUUGUAGAUUUGAUGAUUGUGUUCUUUUCCUUUCGUGCUCUGAACCGCUUUCUUCUUCUCAUGCUCUUACAAUUUGUCAUGAUGUUUCUUCUACACCUGUUGCUUCUUUCGUUCUCUCAAAUGUGUCUAACGAUCUUUCUUUUUCCUCUUCUUCCUCCCGUUUUGUUCAUGCUGGUGUUUCUGACUUUACUCGUAUGCCUUUAGAUUCUGUGUCUUUAUUUGAUUCAAUUGAUUCAACGUUUGUUGCAGAAGGCUUAUAUCUCGGUCUCAGUCAAUUUGUUUCCCGUUCAUCGGAGUCCUUCACUGAAAUUCCUAGCUUUGUUAUAGAAGACAGCGUCAUUUCUGUUGAUGCUCCUGAUGUUUGUUUCACUACGUACUCUGGAGAAAGUCUUGGAGAGUUGUCUGAUUGUCGACAGGCUGGCAUAUCUUCAGUACAUGAUAUUUCUGCAGAAUCAGUGCCUUUCUUUAUACCUGAAGCUUCAGUUCUUGCUGUAUCGGGAUAUGAAUACAAAUCAUUAAAUGAACUUGGAUCAAGCAAUAGAUUACCAUCUAUUGUUCAGGACACUGCAAAUGUAGUGGAUUCACAUCAUAUUCGGGAAGUAUCUGAGGAGGGCGUUAUUGGUAAAGAUUCUCCAAUAACCAAUGGUCAAAUUGUUUUGCAAACUUCUGGCUCAGAUCAUUCCGCUUUUCGAUGUGAUCCUGAAUAUGGCAUUUCAGAUUAUUCAAACAGCUUAAUAACUGAUAGUUUUGCUAAAAUGAUUAUGAAAGAAUCAAACCAUGAUACCGAAAUCUUGUAUUCACCUAAAGAUCAAGAUGCACUAUGUUAUCAGCUUCAAUCAGGUGUGUCAUUAGUAACUGAAACACCUACAAAGUCAGAUGUUUUAGAUAAAUCUCCGCCCUCAGGAAAAUCUGACUUGACUUAUCUUGCAGCAGCAUCAGGAGCAAGUGUAGCUAUGGAAUUUACUGAAGAGGAAGAGGAGGAAGAUGAGUUCUCCAUGGCGUGUCCUGGUAGGAUGAAAACACUUGAACAUGGUGAUUCCAGUCAAUUAGUUCAUUCAGCUCUUGAUAGGUCCGCUAAAAUGCUUACUCGUCUUCAAACCUAUGGAUUUCGAGGGAAUUUGAUGGGUACAAAUUCUCUUGUUAAUCUUAAUUGGCAUGCAUCAGAAACAAAAUUAACCACUCCAUGCAUAGAGUUCCUCGAAAAUGAUGAGAAGACUAUUUCAUUAGCCCAUCAAAAUAUACCUACAUCAAACGUACAUAUGAAUAAGGUCACAGAGCUCGAUCGCGAAGAAUAUGAGGACUUUGAUGGUGAUAGUCUUGAAGAAUUAAAUAUUCCAUUUGAAAUUUGUAAUACAUAUAACACAUCACGUGAAAUAAUCACAGAUGAAACUGAAUGUGGAAGCACUAGUCUGUUCCCGUUCCCUGAGACUGUUGCUACAAAUCAAGUCUUCAACUAUGACAAUGAGUUAAAAUCUGAUACAGAUUGUCAGCAAGACUCUUUUAUUAAAAAAGAAGUAUCUAGACGUCAACAUUUAGAUUCAGAACUUGUAAUCUCCUCUCAAUCCAGUUCCACUAAAAAGAUUUCAUUCAGCCCAGACUAUGAAUUACAAACAAGUUCCACUGCAGAUGAAUCUAGUUUAAGCAGUCACUCAACAAUUGUGAAUGUUGGAAUAAUGAACCAGUCACCAGUUGUCCCUCAACUUACAAGAGGAAAUCUAAUCGACGAAAAGCUAUUGUCUCAGAGUUUAUCAUCUCAGGAACAUGAUUUUGGUGUAGAUGCACCCGAUAGUAUUCAGCUACUGGAGUCAAAAACCACCCUAGCAUCUAUUGAAAGCGAUCUUGAUAUUCUUGGUGAGGAAAUAAAGCUAAAAGAUGAUAAUGCUAUGUUGCCACUUGGUCAGAAUUCGGUUCACUUAUCUAGCGUCGCUAAAAGAAAGCAAUCAAAUUUUAUAUCUAACCUAUUAGGAACAGAGCCUGUGGUAGGAAGUACUGCAUUACGAACAUCUACAGAUGUCAGUAACGUUCCAGUGUCGCAACCCAUCUGUACUGCUGAAGGACAUAUCAAGACAACACAACGCUACUUUCAUGAACCAAUCGGAGGACAUGUCAGUUUUCCACAAAUUUCAGAGAGUUCUUGUGAUAAACAGUUAAAAUUUUCUAAUGAUCGGGCUAAAUCCUCGCCAUCCAGUAUUAAUGUGGAAAAAAGAAUAGAAACAAGUGAGGAAAACGUUACCAGUAGCUCACUGUCCGAAUUUGAACGACUAGAAAAAGAAUUGGGUACUAGCAAUUCUACUUCCCCUAGUAGUGGUCAUAAAGGAAGUGGUGAAGAUGUCAGUUCACAUACGUCAUCACUUUCUGAGUAUCUACGUCAUGAAAAAGAAUGUGAAAGUUUCGAUGAAAUUCUGGCAUUACCAUUUGACUCAAAACUUAAACUAAAAUUCAACGAUUUAAUAGAUAUAAAUGGUAAACCAAAAACAGUGGUCACAGAUAUGUUGACUUCGAAUAACCUAACACCACUUUAUGGACAAAUUUCAACGAUUUACGAAGAUGUGGCGGAACAUCAUAUAAGUUCACUCUCACAGAGUAUAGAAUCUCCAACUACUUCACUUCAUUCAGCUAAAGAUGAUGAUCAAAUAUCAUUUACAUACUCAAGUCAAAAAGAUGAAAAUAAAUCACAGACCGGUUGUUCUGAUUCUGAACUUUUAAUAAUAUGUUCGAAAAUGCUCAGUGAUCCUUUACAGGCCGAAAAAUCUAAAGGAAGCUUAACUUCUAGUUCAGAAAUAGAACUUUUGCUAGACAGGGUCGAUGAUCCACUGACAGGAGUAGAAGAAACUGAUUCACUAAUUUGUUCUUCGAUCUAUGACUCUUUAGUACCUUCUGGCUAUGAAAACAGUAUAUACGAUGGAACACCGAACAUGAAUUUCGGAGUAAAUGAUAACUGGAAAAACCGCAUAUCCCGUAGAAUAGAUUCAUUAGAUGAAAGCGAACAUGAACAACCCAGUAAAGUUACUGACUCUCUCUGCUCCCCUUCAUCGUCAGAUAUUUCAAACAGGAAAGGGGAAAACAAAUUAAGUCCGCCGGAAGAAAAUGAUCAAGGUAUCAUAGAAUUUAAUUCUGCCCAUAUAGAUAUCUUACAUCAACAAUACAUCGGGACUAUCGUAGAGAAACAGUCUUGUACGGUAUUUCCAAAUAAAUCUUGUUUUAAUGAGAGGGAAAGCUCUAUUACUUAUGGAAAACAGCCUCAGUCAAAGCAUUCUGAUGAGAAGCAAGACUCAAGUACAUCUGUGUCAGGAGUUGCACAGUAUGAAUACCUUGAUAAGCCAGUACUUGGAAAUUGUAUGACAGACUCAUUAGACGACAGCGGUUCAGUUAUAGAACAACUAGGUACUAAAAUAUCUUCAACUGAAUGUUCAGCAACCACUGAGUUUGUAACAACAGGAAUACCUUCUUGUUCAUUCUCUACAGCACCAAUCCCCCUAUUAGCUACUGAAUCUAAAGCACUUAAAUAUUCUAAAGUUAUAAAAACACUUAAAAGUGAUGUUUCUUCAACGGUGGAAAAAGUUGCUGUUCCUACCACAUCUGGGGCAAUAGCUCUUCCAAUAUGUAGUAGUUCCUUACAAAGUACCUACCAAGAUGGUGAAAGAUAUGAUCUUAUUUUAAAAAUAGAUUUGAACCCUCAGUCGACUGUAUUCGAUACUUCAGAAGAUGAGAUUUUUGUGGAAGAACCGUCAAAUGAUCUUCAACAACUGAAUAGUGUAACGACUGAUGACGUUUCAGCUGUAGCUGUAGAUCCGAAAACGAAAGAAACCCUAAAAAUCGAUAAUGUACCGUCAGGAGAAGUUAGUGAGGCAUGUAAACAUAUCAAAUGUAAAGAGUUCAAAGAGUCGUUCAUAGUUGAAACUUCCUCCGACUCAGAUUAUGAAAUGGUCAGUAUCACUGAGAGAGAAAAGUCACCAAUAGCUUUCAUGUCAGAAAAAAUGAAGAAGAGUAAUGAACAAGAGUGA